UCAGAAAGCAUUGAACAACCCCAAAUACAGUUAAUGAAAAAAAAGAACCCAAACAUUUAUAAAAUAGCACUGAGGCUUAUUUCAUCAACAAACCAUUUUGGCACUUCCUUAAAUUUCUCAAAAUUGCCUCACUCACUUCCUAAAUCUCCCCAUUUCCAAAAACUUUUACCCAAAAUGUCUUCUGCAAGCUCUGCUAAUAUUCCUUCUCCUGCUAAAGUUAUUGAUUCUCACCUCCAUGUUUGGGCUUCUCCCCAAGAGGCUGCAGAAAAAUACCCUUAUUUUCCAGGCCAAGAACCCACCUUAGCUGGACAUGCUGAUUUCUUAUUUGAGUGUAUGGAAGAAGCAGGUGUAGAUGGUGCUUUGAUUGUGCAGCCAAUUAAUCACAAGUUUGAUCAUUCUUAUGUUACGAGCAUUUUGAAGAAAUACCCCUCCAAAUUCUCUGGCUGCUGCCUCGCAAAUCCUGCAGAUGACAGAAGUGGAAUUGAACAACUAGAGGAUCUUGUUACCAAGGAUGGUUAUUGUGCUGUUCGUUUUAAUCCAUAUCUAUGGCCUUCUGGUCAGAAGAUGACAAAUGAGGUAGGGAAGGCAUUAUUUUCCAAGGCCGGAGAGCUGGGUAUACCAGUAGGCUUCAUGUGUAUGAAGGGUCUAAAUCUGCAUUUAUCUGAAAUUGAAGAACUGUGCACAGAAUACCCCUCAACUCCCGUGUUAAUAGAUCAUAUGGGUUUCUGCAAGCCACCAAUCAACGACGAUGAAAGUUUGGCUUUCUCAAAUCUAUUAAAGCUAUCUCGAUUUCCACAGGUUCAUGUAAAAUUCAGUGCCCUGUUCAGGAUAUCGAGAGAGGCAUUUCCACACCAGGACUUGUCCUCCCCAUUUUCUCAAAUUGUUUCAAGUUUCGGUGCCAAUAGAAUCAUGUGGGGAAGUGAUUUUCCAUUUGUGGUUUCUGAAUGUGGUUACAAAGCAGCAAAUGAAGCCGUGUUGCUGAUUGCUAAGCAAGCGAACUUGUCAGCUUCGGGGUUGAAUUGGAUAAUGGGUGGAACAAUCAUGAAGCUUUUCCAAGGUCAUUGGCUUUCUUCCUAAGCUUGCAUGUGUGUAUAUAUAUAUGUGGUUGUCUUGAAGACUCGAACUACAUAGCCAGCAACCCGCCAUAGGCUACCUCGAGCAUGGCUUGAAUGUUAGAUUUGGAGUUUUGAGCUCGGUUUGAUAAAACAAUCUUCAAAUGAUAAAUGCAAUAACAUGCUGUCAUUGCUUCUACCUGGCUCUAUGGUAAUGUUUUAAUAAUAACUAGCUUAUCUUUUGAAAUAUUGUUGAUGCUAGACUUCUUUUUAUAAGAGAAAAUACUAGAUUAAUCUUUAAGGAAUGUAGUUCCUUACAAUGACGAGGGAGAAGGGAAAGUCUCCUAGACUAAAAUCAAGAAGUCAUGAGUCUCAUGACGAACACACUCCGGAUAUGCAUGGGAAGCACUUGAAUACAUAACUUUGGCUCCGAACAAUCUUUUUUAGCUCGUAAAAAUUAUGUAUUAUGUAAUUAGAGGUGUACUGAAUGGUCAAAAGUCUCUAUUUCGGCUCUUAAAUGUUAUUUUAAUUUAACCGGUUUGGUACACACCUUUUUUUGUUGA